AUGGGCCGUCGCAAAAUUGAGAUUCAACCCAUAACCCGUAAGAAUGGGUUGUUCAAGAAAGCCUAUGAGCUCGGCGUGCUUUGUAGUGUCGAUGUUGCUGUUAUCAUUUUUGGUGCGUUCUUUUUGUCUCUACUACCGGGACAUGGCCCCAAGUUGUACCAGUACUCUUCUCGUGGGGUUCAAGAUAUAGUGCAGAGGCAUCUCCACCACGACGGCGAAACGGACAACCGUGGUCCAGGUGACUUUUCAGGUUCCAACGCGGGGAAGAUCGACGAGGGGGACGAGGACGAUGACGAAGAAGAAGUCGCACCCGUACGCACGAAACGGAAGAAGGAGGCGGGGAAGCUCAAGCCCCCUAGUGAUAUGAACAUCUCCCACAAUAACGACCGCGACUACCCCGGCCCUCGUCAUCCCGCACCCAUAAACCAGAACAAUACUACGAAUAGCAACACCCACGGGAACAACUGGCGCACCCUCCCUGCAUCCGUACACAUGCCGCCCCCACAGCCUCCUCAACCGUCUUCGCAUAAACGACCCCGAGAGCUCGACGACGAUGGGUAUGGGGGGUACGGGGCGCAUCCUACCUCCAGGCCUCCACAGUACCACCAGCAGUAUACGCCCAUGUUUGGCGCGCAGCAUCACCAUCACGCGCCUCCUCCUCCGUCGUUCAUUCCCCUGCACGAGUCGGAUUUCUCGGGGCAGCAUGAGUUCCAUCACCCGAACCAUGGGCAUGGACAUGGACAUAGGCUGAUCAGCGGGCAUCAGAGGCAUCACGAUGGGCCUGGUGAUUACCCCCCCAGUGGAGGAGGCCGCGGGGAGAUAUUCCCUGCCUUUGGGGACGGGGACACACGUUCCCAUCAUCACCAACAACAACAACAACCUGGACGAGGCUCUGGGUUGGGGUUGGAUUGGCCUGUGCAUGGUCCUUCCCCGCCGGCGGGGGUGCAUAGGAAUGACGGGCAGCAUCAGGGCCAGGCGCAGAAUGGUGGUGGGAACCCGAGCUGGUUUGACUUUUUGUCGUCGACCGGUGGGACGACGGGCGCGAAUACUGCUUUAUCUUGGGAGCGUGGAGGGGGGAGGGUGAGUGAUAGAGGGAUGAACGUUGCUGACAGGACGGGAAGCGAUAUUGCCGCUGUCCUUGCUACCGUUGGUCCUGGGAAUGUCAGUGAGGAGCGGUACCUACGGACGAUGGCGUUGCCUGUUGGUGAUACGGGCGGCGGUGAUAGUCGCGCGCCGUCGUUGCCUCUUGGUGGUGGUGGUGAGGAACAUGAUGGGAGUGGGCGGAUGCAGCAGCAGAGUCAGAGACAGGAGCGUAGUGUUAGUCGUUCUUCUGGGACGCCUAACCCUGGACCGAAUGUGGGAGGGGGGACUCCUGGACCGUCGGUGUCAAGUACGCCGACGAGUGCGUCCCAGGUGUUCCCUGAGGGUGCUGAAGACCGUCUCCUCGUUUUUAUGGCUCCUCCAAAGGACGACCCAGGAAAUCUGAACGUGUCUCAUCCUACCUUCAAGCCCAAUCCUCUACCACAGAUCCCCGCACUCCCACCACCCGCCCAAGGCUGGCCCACCCCAUGGCUAGGGAGAUCCGGAAUUGAAGAGUACCUCCACCCGCUUUAUAAGAGGGGGUGGAAGCCGAGUGUUCAAGAAUCUAGCGUAAAGGGAAAAGAAUCAACGUUCCUCAGCGCAGAGUACGCUUUCAAGAAAUUCGACGAAGCCGUCAAGUUUGUAGCACCACCCGUCAACUAUAACGAUCACGCACGGCAAGAAAACGACAAAAGUAUCCCUCGUCACGCAGACGCAUGCCGCUAA